UCCUGUUCUCACACUUCCCUCAUUCUCACCUGUGCCAUGAUUUUUAUUUACUUGUUCCCAUUUGCCUGAAGUGACUGCGGCAUAUUCUUUAUACUCAUCUCAAAACAACAUGCUGCCUGGCUUUUUUCUUUUUCUACUGUUCUUUUUAUGUGAGAGCACAGUUACUACAGCGGUUACAAACUUGCCUUCACACUUUACUCCAAACAUGGCAAUGACUACAGAGGAAGCAACAACUAUCUCCACCUCCACCCUCCCGGAAAAGCUAUCUGCUCUGCAGGUGGAGGUCGUACCAGACUACCCAGUUGCAGCAGGUCAACCAGUCAACCUGCACUGCAGUGCUUUCACCAUGCCAGCCAACGUCAAUUGGUCCUGGCACCACCUAGAAGAUCUGAACUGGCGAGAGGUGAGCAGCAGUAGGGACCUGACCCUCACCGAGCCAGAGAAAAGUGGGGUGUACCGCUGCUAUGCUGUGAGCCCAUCAUCUCAACGUUGGAGCCGUAACCUCACAGUCUUUAUCAUCGCCACACGGCCAACAGUGCAGGAGAAUUUAGGAAUAGCUGCCUUCGUCCUUUCUCUCCUUGCCUUGAUUAUCAUCUUCACUGCUCUGUGUUGGCUGGGCUGGCAAAGAUUUGGUGGCAUGCUGACCACCUCCAACACUGCAGCUAAAGGUUUUCCUGGAGCUGAAAAGGCACCAAAGGGGGGUUUCCCACAACCUGAGAGCGAUGGAGAUGUGUACAUGAAUUACACAAGCACCAACAAAGCCUACAGUGACCUGGACCCCACCAAUAUGACGGGGGAUAAUGUGUAUUCGAGUCUGUCGUAAACACCCGUGGGAAUGCAGAGACGUACAAUAAAAAGAGGAAGAGUGACGCCAACAGCGUUUCGUUCAGCAACAGUGACUCAAUAUCUUAAUUAAGAUUAUGAUUAACCUGACAAACAGAAUUUACCAAACGCUGUGGUGUUUGUCUGUAUGGGAAUUACUACAAAUGUGCAUACUUUGUUUGAUUCUAAUCUAACUUCACUCGAGUUAUUUCACACAAUCUGAAUGUGGCAAAAGCGCAAAGCUCUGAGGUUCUAUGUGAAACAGUAAGAAACCCUUCCUUCUCUGUGUUUGUACAUGCUAAUAAAACCUAGAACUUGCUACAA